AGGCGCUCGGUUACAGCGUCGCCUCACAUGAAUGGAUUGCGGAUUGCUGAAGAGGAGUCGUUGUUUUGUUUUUUGUUUUUUUUUACCAGCUAGGAGCUUUGGAUCAAAAGAAGAAGAGAGGGAAAGUGUGUUUUUGCUCAGCAUGAGAUGAGGCAUCAUGUAUCUGAAUGUCAGGAGAUAUUCUGCUUUGUAGUGUUUCUCAUCCCGUGAAGCAGCAGUAGAAAGGAGAGAUUUGGUUAUGCUCGCCACUUUUUGCCAAGCGGUUUCUUCUCUGUAAAAACGGAGUGACAUGGCUCUCUUGGUGGUACCUCUGCUCCUGCAAACAGCGUUGGUUCUGGGAUCCAACUAUGGCUAUGUGGAGUGGUCGGAUAAUGACAAAGAGGAGAAGAACCCCCCGGUGUUCAGCACCCAGAACAUCAACAGGGAGCCGCCUCAACACCCGACGUACUACCCGCUACCGGCCACGGAGCGCACGGUGGUGGCGCACAAGAUCGAGGAGGACCUGCCCAGGGUGGUGACUGCGUUCCUGCACACCGGGGACUCCUCCGCGCUGAGGCAGGUCAACUGCUCCCGGAGGUACGAGCUGAGCAGCCUGAGGGGCGGCCUGCACGUCGCCUCCCACUACUCCCUGCACAGCAUCCUGGACACGGUCGCGCACGCCACAAACUUCCUGAACAUGAUCCUGCAGGCCAACAGGUCCCGGGAGCAAACGACGCGCAGGGACAUCCACUGGUACCACGCGCUGGUUCAGAGCAUCCUCGAGGGGGAUCCCAAAAUUCACAAGGCUGUGGUGACAUUCCACGGGGAUGCACUCACGCCCGGUCCCCAGGUUUUCCUCCAGGCCACCAGGACCGGGAAGGAGGUGGUGCUGCAGGACUUGUCCGCCUCUGCUCACCGUCAACUGAGGAGCAGGAGCCCGGAGUCCGAGUGGUUUAAUGAGUUUAGGGACGAGAGAUCGCACAUGCACAGGAGGGUCCUGGAGUCCAAGAGUGGAAGUUACCUUCUGGACAAAAACCACAUCAAGUGGUCGGCACCGUACCUGGAGUGUGAACACGGGGCGUUUGUGCCAUAUUGGCUGCUCACCCUGUCUGCUGGCUUCUAUGGACUGAAGAGCAACUCUGCACCAGAGUUCAGGGGUGUGGUUCGUGUGGAUGUGAACCUGCAGGAUGUGGACAUUGACCAGUGCUCCAACAGCGGCUGGUUUGCUGGGACUCACCGCUGUAAUCUCACCAGCAUGGAAUGCACUCCCAUCCUUGGCCAUGGAUUUGUGUUGGACAAGUACAAGUGCCAGUGCAGGAGAGGAUUCUAUCAUUCAAGCAGAGUGGCGCUCAAUGGCUUCAAAAGUAAGGAGCAGGGCUCUAACAGAGACGAGUCCUCUGAAGUGUCCAGUAAGUGCCUACCGUGCCGUGAGGGCUGCCCCUACUGCCGCGACGACACCCCCUGCCUGGCACAGGAGGACGGUGCCCUGAGGCUCACUGUGGCCUCCUUCCAGGGUCUCUGCAUGGUGCUGGACCUGGCUGCCAUGGUGGUGGUCUACCACUUCAGGAGGAUGAAGAGCAUCCGGACAUCUGGUCUCAUCCUACUUGAAGCCAUCUUGUUAGGGGCUUUACUGCUCUACUUCCCAGUGAUGAUCCUGUUCUUCCACCCCAGUGUGUUCCGCUGUAUCCUUUUGAGGUGGGUUCGUCUCCUGGGUUUCUCCGUCAUGUACGGCACCGUCAUCCUCAAGCUGUACAGGGUUCUGAAAGUGUUCCUGUCCCACACGGCCCAGAGGACGCCCUACAUGACCAGCUGGCGGGUGCUGCGGCUGCUGAUAGUGAUCCUGCUGGUAGUGCUCUGGUUCCUGGUGGCCUGGACGUCCGCCGUGUGCCAGAACCCCGAAGUUAGCCUGGCUCUGAUCGCCGCCGGCCUCACCCCAGAAGGCCUGCAGUUCAGUAUGUGUCUGCUGGAUCGAUGGGACUACAUGAUGGCUGUCGCGGAGUUCCUAUUCCUGCUGUGGGGGGUGUACCUCUGCUAUGCAGUGCGCACGGUACCAUCGGCUUUCCACGAGCCACGGUACAUGGCUGUGGCCAUCUACAAUGAGCUCCUCAUAUCAGCCAUCUUCCACAUCAUCAGGUUCACUCUGGUGCCUGGGCUUCACCCUGACUGGAUGCUCAUGUUGGUUUUCGCUCACACUCAUCUUACUGUGACUGUGUCUCUGGGCCUUCUGCUCGUACCGAAGUUCCUGUCCAAAGGGACUCAGGCCAGGGAUGAUAUAGCCACCGAGGCUUACGAGGAAGAGCUGGACAUGGGAAGGUCUGGCUCUUACCUCAACAACAGCAUCACCUCAGCCUGGAGUGAGCACAGCUUGGACCCGGAGGAUAUACGGGAUGAGCUGAAAAAGCUUUAUGCACAGCUGGAAGUCUACAAAUGUAAGAAGAUGCUCGCCAACAACCCUCACCUCCAGAAGAAGCGCAACUCCAAGAAAGGUCUAGGUCGCACCCUGAUGAAGCGGAUCACAGAAAUCCCAGAGACCAUGCAUAUACACCGGCAGUGCAGUCGCGAGGAUGGCAGUGAACACGGUAGUAACCGCAGCACCUUGAGGAGAAACCCAUUCGAACCAAGUCACCACGGCAAACCUCGGGAUGAUUCUGUGAAAAACAAAGCCAUUGGCUUGAAGAAGUCCCACAGCUACGACCAUGUUUGUGACCAGGAUGAAGAAACCGUAAGCCAAACUGGCUCGAUAGCAGGAGACAAAAUGACUCCUGUUGGAAUUGGUGGGGAAGGAUCUCUACUGGGUUCCCUGAUUGGCCGUAAACAUACUAAAAAGCAGCUCGAACCGUCCAUGACACCACCAAGACUGGAUCCAGCCGAGUCCACCGAGUCCGUUCCACUGUGCUGGAAAUCAGCCAGCGUCCACAACUUGACCCACGAGAAGAAACCGGUCCACCUGCGGACCUCCAUCAUGCAGAAGUCUCUGAGUGUGAUUGCCAGCGCCAAGGAAAAGAUGCCAGGGCUGACCAACAAGACGCAAAGCGUGGAGGACGCCAGUAAGAAGGGUCUAAAGGGGCAGGAGGACAGGAUGUUGUCUGAGGUGGAUGAGACCCCUGAGCAUUACCCCAAGAUGAUCAUCAGCCAGUCAGUGGAGUACUCCAAGUCGCCCCUGAAGAUGGGCAUCAUGAAACAACAGGUGAGUGGCAGCCAGCCGUCAAUUUGCUCCGAGACUGGUAGGAACCUCUACGACGUGUCUGAGGUUUGUCCCUGGGAUUCAGAAGAGGCUCAGACUCCCACUGAAGCGAAGACCCAAAAGCAUGUUUCCAUUGCUCCCGAGACCACCACAGGCCGUAGAGGCAGCAGCAGCAGCUCUGGGAUCAGCAAAGGUAGCCGGUCCAAUCAGAGGCAGAAAGUAGGGUAUUCCCCUUCUAACCGAAGACGCUCCAAAGAUAAAGGAGGAGAAAGGGAUGAAGGCAGGGACACUCGGAAAAUGCGACCACCCAGGUCACCUCUCCCUCUAAAGCCUGACGUCUGUCCCUGGGAGUUCAAUGAGCAGCCCAUAAUGGGAGGAGAUUCAGAUUCCCUCUCCCCAGACAGGAUCACACGCAAGAAAAGCGUCACGCCCACUGAUGGGAAACCCAAGGGGCUCCACUCAGACCACUCCAAGUCCACGGGUAGCCUUUUGCAGCCUCCAACUAUGAUGGUAGAGAUCUGCCCUUGGGACUUCAACAGCCCACCUUCACCUAAGCAGGAGAAGUCCUGCAACAGCCCCAGCACACAUAAAAAGAAGCGGAAAGGCUCCUGCUCAUCCAACCACAAAGCCGAUAAGGAGAAGGCAAGGGAAAAAAGCAGAGAACGUCGGAGCUCCUCCAGCAAACCAGCGUCGGAGAGAAGACGCGUUAGCCAGUCAUCGGAGUGCGGCGGUCCGGUUUCUGAGCGGCGGAGGAGUUCUACAAGGGACCCAGAGUUGAUGGAGAUCAGGAGGGCGGAGGGUUUCUCAAGGGAGAUCGAGCCCUCACUCAGCAGCUUUGCUCAGACUAGAAAAUCACCAGAGAAGAAGAAAGAGAGCUCUUUGAGUAAACCUGCGAUCAUCAGCGGGGCCCAGGUGGCGGAUGUUUGCCCAUGGGACUUCCAGGAGCAGGAUCCUGGGGGGAGGGCGUGAUGACUGGUGGAAUGAUUGUAUUUUUUUUUUGUAUUCACAGACUGACAGCACAGAGAAAAAAGCAACUGAAUGGUAAAAAUGUAAAAUUCGAUAUGGUAACUUAAGCAAAAAAAAAGAAUCCAGGCUACUUGCUAAAUAUCGUACAUCUCGUUGUGUCGUUGCAACCUUUAAGUCACUAGAGAGGAUUUCUUUGUCUGCACUUUUGCUUGCAAACUUACAUUUUGUACGUAUUAUCACAUCAAUGUCCUUUAAACAUGAAUCAUACUUGUACAUACCAGCAGGUCAGACAAUCAUUUGUCACCAACACGUUACUUAAUCGGCUUGUCAUAUAAUGAAGUUCAGCUGUUACGCCGAUGAUAUUCUAUGUUACACGCUAAGUCAGUGGGGACUCACUGCCUCAGAUGCUAGUGAUGAAAACAAGCAGGCGACAGGGAAAAAAGACCUACGGAUAAAAUGGGAUAUGUGAAGCAGGACCAAAGCUCCAGACACAGCUGCGAUGCCUUAGCUAUAGGCCAAAUGCAUAAUUCAUGGCUCGAAAAUGAUCUGUUUGAUUAGCGAAACAUGGGAAUAACAAAGGAUUGUAGUACAACUUCAUUUCUAAAUAAGGGAAACUGUAUAUUUCAGUUGCUUAAUAUACAGUAUGUUUUUUUCCCCUAACAACCAUUGCAUGAGGCAAACCGUAAAUCAUCCAAUAACUGUACCAAAAAAAAUGUCAGUGGGGAACUUGUACUCAUCUAUGACCGGAGAACUUUUGAUGUUGUUGCUUAUGGUAUUUUCCUCCUAUGUACCAUACGAUGCUUUCAAAAUGAUGUGCAUUGCCAUCAAUAAUGUACAUACAUACUGGAAAUGGCUUGCAGUUACAGUUGCGCAGUGAUGAAAUAUCCAUGAGCCUCUCCCUUAUGUUGAUAGUUAUUUACUGUUUACUUGAUAUCCAUGCCCUGGAUGCCACUUCCAAAGGAGGCGGUAGUAUUUCCACAUGUACAAAAUAAUGUGAUGGAUUCUUUAAAGGACCAAAACAAACCACGACAAGGGUGGAUGAUGUGAAUAAUGCAUUAUUUCGGUCACUUAGUUGCCAAUUUCAACAUCUGCCUGAAUGCACCUCCUUUCUAAUCUUUGCACAUAUUCAAUCGCUUAAUCCACGACUAUGCAUGACCAAAGCUAUUUUUUGCCACUUUCUUGCUAACAGGAGAUGAGUAAUUUACUAUUUCAACAUCAUCUCCAACAACAGUUCGCCUUUCUGUCCCGUGAUAAGCCACCCACCAGCGACAAAUAAUGAAACGUACUAGUCACACACAGAAGUCAGGUUCAGCUUCAUUACGGCUGUCGUUGCAUGACAGGGAAAAUACAGCAGUACUGUUACACUCAAUUUCACCACAAGGCAUAAAAAAACAUUGUUAUGUAAUACCUAAAGAGGACUAAGGAACACAUGGGAUUUCAAAUAUAGAUGUCAGAUGUUGUCAUGUAUUUAUCAAGAACUUCCUGUGUGAAAUAACCUUUUUUUGCUCGUAAAGUCAAGGUAAAAGGCUUGAUGAAUAAUAAACAUGAGCCUGCACUCACAAGGGUUUUUUUCUAUCAGAUGGUUUUAGGCUGUGUGAAAUGGAAUGUUGUAACUUGCCCACUAAAUGUAUUUUAUGCUAGUUAUAAUAUAUAUAUAAUGUUGCUCCAAAAAAGUUACAAAAUGGUGUAGCAUCGACACAGGAGUACUUAUAUUUUACAUUCUUAUUGUGUUGCAUGUACAUACAGUAAAUACCCUGUUCUCAA